AUGAGCGUCCAAGAUGUGUGUGAAGUUAAAAAACCGAGUGGUCUCGGUAACCGACACUUGCAGACUAUUAUGUGGUUUUUAGCUAUGGUUCUCGGGUACGGGAUUAGAAAUAACAUGAGUAUGGCCAUAGUUGUCAUGACAGAUCCAACACUUGAAAAUUCCUUCGACUGGAACAUGCAGACCCAGAGCGUAGUGUUGUCAUCAUUCUUUUGGGGUUACAUCGUCCUUCAGAUCCCUGCGGGUGAGCUAUCUGCGAGGAUUGGCGGGAAGAUCUUAAUUAUUUUUGCAAUGACUACGAAUGCCAUUAUGUCAAUUUUGACACCAUUCAGUGCUUAUUAUGGUGGUUGGCAAUUAGUGUGCGCUUGUCGCGUUAUAUGCGGCUUAUCACAAGGAUUCUUAUUACCUUCCAUUUAUACUUUGGUGGGGAAAUGGGCCCCAAUAGAAGAAAAAAGCCGUAUAGGAGCAGUAAUAAAUUCAGGAUCUCAACUAGGAACUGCCCUUCAAAUGUUGAUGUCAGGUUUUAUAGCAGACGCUUGGGGCUGGCCUGCGAUUUUCUUUGUAAACGGAAUUACUGGCAUUGCAUUUGUUUUAAUUUACUCAGUGGUUGGAGCUGACAGUCCUCGGAAAUCUAAAUUUAUUAGUGACGAAGAAAGAUUAUAUAUAGAAACCUCUUUGAAACAGAUUGGUAAACCUAAGAAAUUAAAAACUCCAUGGAAAGCAAUGUGGACAUCAGUACCGUUUAUAUCAUUGAUAUUUGUACACUGCGCGCAAAAUUGGGGUUAUUGGACGCUAAUGACUGAAACACCGUCAUAUAUGAAUCAAAUGCUCAACGUUAAUAUUAAAGCUAACGGCAUUAUGUCAGCCCUACCGUACCUCACCGUGUACAUCCUGAGCUUUCCGUUUGGAUAUUUCGCCGAUUACAUCAUAAACAAGAAAAUUCUGAGUGUGACUGCAACUAGAAAGCUGUCUAAUUCUAUAGGUCUAUACGGUCCAGCUAUUGCGUUAAUUGCAUUGUCCUACGCGCCCCCUGGUAACGUCACAAUAGGAGUUUUAUUAAUCACGGUCGUGGUUGGCCUCAACGUGGGACGAUUGACUGGUCUUAUGCUCGUACAUCUGGACAUGUCUCCGAACUUCGCCGGAACACUGAUGGGCAUAACCAACAUGAGUGCCAACAUUAUAUCGAUUAUUGCACCAUUAGUUGCAGGGCUUAUUCUCAGAGAUGAGACAAACGCCAGUGAAUGGCGCAAAGUAUUUUACAUAGCAUCAGCUAUUUAUUUUAUAGGGAACACGCAGUUUCUAAUAUUCGGAACAAGCGUGAGGCAGCCAUGGAAUGACCCUUCGGAGGAUAGCGAAACAGAUGAUACAGCUGAAAAAGGACAAGAAAAAUCUGAUAAGGCUGUGUGA